UUUAUAUAUUUAUAGGGUCAAAAGACUUUGAACCUAGCCUCGGAAGAUACGGGUUGGGGGUCAGCGAGGGGGAGAUGUUUUGCAUAUGGGUCAAGUGUCGUCUUCAAUGUAUGUCGUGGCCCCUAUAAAUAACCCAUCCCCCUUUCGUUUUCUCCAUCAAACCAACCAAUUACUUGACGUGUUCUUUCCCCAUAUCACCCUGCACUUGACUUCCUUCAUCAUUCAUUCGAUCAAGUUUUCCCUUUUGUGAUCAAGGAUCGAUCAAAGAGUUUGGAUUCGGCUUUGUUAAAUGGAUCAAAGGAAGCAGCAAUCCAGAGGUUCUUCUUCGUCUUCUUCUUCAUUUACUGAGAAUCUCUUCGGCCCUAAGGAUCCGUCCGCCGCCACCUCCUCUGGCCUUUUCAGCUCUGUUUUUGGCCCCUCUUCCACGGGUCUAGGCAAGGACUCUUCUCAUUCUACGAACACAGGAGCAUCCAAAAAGCAGGAGUUUGGAGGUCCAUAUGGAAUUGGCAAACAUUCAACACCAGAUCACAAGACACAAAGAUGCAUUGGUGAAAAGGAUGGGAAUCCCAUUUACCAAAAUGAAACAGCAGAACCAAGCUAUCUGAGUUCAUCCAUAUAUUAUGGUGGCCAAGAAGUUUAUUCUCCAAAUAGCCAACCCUGUCGCCCUCACCAUACUUUCAAGAAAGAUGGAGGUGAUGAGGAUCCAAACAAUAACACCGCUUCAAGGGGAAAUUGGUGGCAAGGUUCUCUCUACUAUUAAGUCCCUUUCUGUUCUCUGCAUGAAGAAAGAGGGGGUCGAUAAUGGCAAUAUGGUAAAUAAUCCUAAAGUAUGGCCAGAGCUUAUGGUUUUUAGUUUUUUUUUCUCUGUGGGGGGG